GAGCUGGUCCUCCAGCCUGCAGCGCGCAUUCCUGAAUCUCCCGGCAGCCGGUCCUGGGGUCGGCCCCGCCCGUCGGGCGGAUUGCCGCCCGCCCUCGGGGCUCCCUGCCACCCUCUCGCGGGCGUGAUCUGGGUGGGGCCUCGCGGCGGCUGAGAUGCAGCGGGUGUGCUGGGAGGGUGAGGCUAGCCGGCUGGGCGGUGCGCCCGGGCAGCCCGACACGCUCGCCGCGUCGCUGUAAUCGGACACCCGAGCGCUCGCCCCCCGUGCCCGGCCACUUUCCAUUCACUCCGAAGUCCUUGAUUGAGCGACGCGGAGUAGGGCUCCGGGUGCCACAGCACUGCGACGUUCAGGAUUCCUUUACAAAGAAACUCAGAGGACCGGGAAGAAAGAAUUUCACCGCUGGGACGCUCUAGAAAUUAAAGUCUUCUGGGAAAAAGACUAGAGAGACACGCGGAGCCACACCGGUAGCAAAUUGAUGACUUUACGCGCCGAUCUCUUCCCAUCUCGGUAUUUUCCCUUGGAUAAUAACUUGCAAAUCUGAAGAUAUGGCAUUCCGGGCAGUUUUCAUGUUGGUUGGAGUAUUUGUUUGUUCUAUCUGUGUAAAAGGAUCGUCUCAGCCCCAAGCAAGAGUUUAUUUAACGUUUGAUGAGCUUCGUGAAACCAAGACCUCUGAAUACUUCAGCCUGUCCCACCACCCUUUAGACUACAGGAUAUUAUUAAUGGAUGAAGAUCAGGACCGGAUAUAUGUGGGCAGCAAAGAUCACAUUCUUUCCUUGAAUAUUAACAAUAUAAGUCAAGAACCUUUGAGUGUUUUCUGGCCAGCAUCUACAAUCAAAGUCGAAGAGUGCAAGAUGGCUGGCAAAGAUCCCACACAUGGCUGUGGGAACUUCGUCCGUGUUAUUCAGGCUUUCAAUCGCACUCACUUGUAUGUUUGUGGGAGUGGUGCUUUCAGCCCCGUGUGUACUUAUUUGAAUAGAGGGAGGAGAUCAGAGGACCAAGUUUUUAUGAUUGACUCUAAGUGUGAAUCUGGAAAAGGACGCUGCUCCUUCAACCCCAAUGUGAACACAGUGUCUGUUAUGAUCAACGAGGAGCUUUUCUCUGGAAUGUAUAUAGAUUUCAUGGGCACAGAUGCUGCUAUUUUUCGAAGUUUAACCAAGAGGAAUGCAGUCAGAACUGAUCAGCACAAUUCCAAAUGGCUAAGUGAACCUAUGUUUGUGGAUGCACAUGUGAUCCCAGAUGGCACAGAUCCAAAUGAUGCUAAGGUGUAUUUCUUCUUCAAAGAGAAACUGACUGACAAUAGCAGAAGCACAAAACAGAUUCAUUCCAUGAUUGCUAGAAUAUGUCCUAAUGACACUGGGGGACUGCGUAGCCUUGUCAACAAGUGGACGACCUUCUUAAAAGCGAGGCUGGUGUGCUCUGUAACCGAUGAAGACGGCCCAGAAACACACUUUGAUGAAUUAGAGGAUGUGUUUCUACUCGAAACUGAUAAUCCAAGGACAACACUAGUGUAUGGCAUUUUUACAACAUCAAGCUCGGUUUUUAAAGGAUCAGCAGUGUGUGUGUAUCAUUUAUCUGAUAUACAGACUGUGUUUAAUGGGCCCUUUGCCCAUAAAGAAGGGCCAAAUCAUCAGCUGAUUUCCUAUCAGGGUAGAAUUCCAUAUCCUCGCCCUGGAACUUGUCCAGGAGGAGCAUUUACACCCAAUAUGCGGACCACUAAGGAAUUCCCAGAUGAUGUUGUCACUUUUAUCCGGAACCAUCCUCUCAUGUACAAUUCUGUCUACCCAAUCCACAGAAGGCCUUUGAUUGUUCGUAUAGGCACUGACUACAAAUACACCAAGAUAGCUGUGGAUCGAGUGAAUGCUGCUGAUGGUAGAUACCAUGUCCUGUUUCUCGGCACAGAUCGAGGCACUGUGCAGAAGGUGGUGGUUCUUCCCUCUAACAGCUCUGCCAGGGGUGAGCUCAUUCUGGAGGAGCUGGAAGUCUUUAAGAAUCGUGUUCCUAUAACAACAAUGAAAAUCUCAUCCAAGAAGCAACAGUUGUAUGUGAGCUCCAAUGAAGGGAUUUCCCAAGUGUCUCUGCAUCGCUGCCACAUCUAUGGUACAGCCUGUGCUGACUGUUGCCUGGCAAGGGACCCUUACUGUGCCUGGGAUGGCCAUUCGUGCUCUAGGUUCUACCCAACUGGGAAGCGGAGGAGCCGAAGACAAGAUGUGAGACAUGGAAAUCCAUUGACUCAGUGCAGAGGAUUUAAUCUAAAAGCAUAUAGAAAUGCAGCUGAAAUUGUUCAGUAUGGAGUAAAAAAUAACACCACUUUCCUUGAGUGUGCCCCGAAGUCUCCACAGGCAUCGAUCAAAUGGCUGUUACAGAAAGACAAAGACAGGAGGAAAGAGGUCAAGCUGAAUGAACGAAUCAUAGCCACUUCACAAGGACUUCUAAUCCGCUCCGUUCAAGAUUCUGACCAAGGACUGUAUCACUGCAUUGCAACAGAGAAUAGCUUCAAGCAGACCAUAGCCAAGAUCAACUUUAAAGUUUUAGAUUCUGAAAUGGUGGCUGUCGUGACAGAAAAAUGGUCCCCUUGGACCUGGGCCAGCUCUGUGAGGGCUUUACCCUUCCACCCAAAGGACAUCAUGGGGGCAUUCAGCCACUCAGAAAUGCAGAUGAUUAAUCAGUACUGCAAAGACACUCGACAGCAACAUCAACAAGAAGAAUCCCAGAAAAUAAGAGGGGACUACGGCAAGUUAAAGGCUCUCAUCAAUAGCCGGAAAAGUAGAAACAGGAGGAAUCAGUUGCCAGAGUCAUAAUGUUCUCUUACUUGGGGCUUAUGCUUCCAGUAAAGAAUGGUCUGUCUUCAAUGCUCAAAUUUUGAGCAAAGAACUUUGUGCUUUACCCACGAGAAAUUCCUGAGAAAGGUGUAACUCACUCCUAAAGUGAAUAUUACAUGAACUGAAAUGAGCAUGCAUUUUCUUGUAUGAUAUUGACUAGCACUAGACAUGUCAUGGUCCUCAUGGUGCAUAUAAAUAUUUAACUUAACCCAGAUUUUAUUUAUAUCUUUAUUUCCUUUUUCUUCAAAUCAAUAUGGCGGCUAUAAAACUAAAAUUCUUACAUCCCUUAAUUGAAUGAUGGCCAUAAACCCUGUGAUCUUCCUUCCUUGCCUUAGGGGUUUAGAUUUGGAAUUGUCAGUGAUUUUAUAUAUGGAAACAAAUGCCAAGUUCACAACUUUUACAUUGUAAAAGUUGUAUAAAUAUAUGUGAUAGAGUAGUCGUCAAAAGAAAUGUAGACUAGGUACAAGUCAAGGAAGAGUGCAUCUAAAAGUUGUACAAAACAUGAGUGAUUCAUACAGAAAAAUGAACAGCUUAUAUGUUUCCAGUGAAAUACAUUAAUUUUUUUUUAUUAUAAAAAUGGUCAGUUGCUGGUAUCUGUUAUUGGUCUUUGUUUCCUAGUUUUAAGAAGAUAAAAUGAAUGACCUUCACCGUAAACAUUUUUGAUUAGAGUUAUGUCAGUGAAGCAUUUAAGUUUAUAAUCUUAUGCUAUCAUCUUCCAAACAAAAGCACUUUUUUUGGAAGUUAUUUAAGUUAUUAUAGAAUCAGAGAAUAUAAUCUUACAGUGUUUAAUUACUGUUUUUGUUCUAAUUUUCUAGUCUGUGUGGUAAAGUAAACAAUAUAAAAAGAAAAAGAUGAAAUAUCAAACUUGUAUAUGAGAGGUAAAACUAUCAAAAUGGGGAAAAUAAAGUAAGAAAUGCAACUUUAUGAAAAGCUAUUUAUAAAAAAAUGUGACUAGUUUUUACCAUCAGUGAUUAAUUUUAAUAAUUAACUCUCACUUUUUUUGGUUUACCAACCUCAGACAUCAUAUGAUUUUUAAGUCACCGGUUCUUUAGUGAUGAUCUUUAGUGUGCGCUGGCGAGGUGCUCAUUUUGAGGAGAACUGAAAAAAAUUUGAAUAUGAACAAAAAUAGACAUACUUUCUUU